AUGCUUUCUUACUUGACCAUCUUCACCAUCGCUACAUCGCUUGUUUCUGGCUUGGCUAUCCCACACCAGGGCGGCCACGACGAAAUCGCCAAAAGGGACACUGCUCCUUUGAAGCUUGACUUUGACGUCGUCAAGGACACCAAGGCCUUGCACCACCCCAAACGUUAUGUCAAACAUGCCAACGCCAAGUUCGGAAAGAGAGCCUCUCCUGUUCCCAUCACCGAGGAACAAGAGAUCAUGUACAACUUGGACAUCUACUUGGGCUCGCAGAAGGAGAAGGUGACUGUUCUUCUUGACACCGGCUCGUCCGAUCUCUGGGUUUACGGUCCUGAUGUUCAGAACGCUCAAGGUGGGAAAUUCGACCCUAAGCAGUCUUCCAAGGGCUCCUCGACUGGAGAAGAUUUCAGUAUCAGCUACCAGGACGGCUCCACUGCUCUGGGUGCCUUCUACAAGGACGCCUUCACUUUUGGUACCGGCCAGGCCCAGUUGCUGGACUUCCAGUUUGCUGUGGCAGACAAGGCACAGACCAAGACGCCAGGUAUUUUGGGAAUCGCCGACAGAAACCAGGAGAGUGCCCAGUCGCAGUACGACAACUUGCCCUGGGCGUUGCAGAAGGCCGGUGUGACCUGCAAAGCGUCUUAUUCGUUGUUCUUGGGUUCUCAGGAAGAGGCCAAGGGAACGGUGAUUUUUGGCGGUAUCGACACCGAAAAGUACGAAGGCAAGUUGCAGAAGUACGACCUCGAGCCCGACAACUACUUGGGCUUGACCGCCGAGUCCGCCACUGUGAACGGAAACACCAUCCAGUUGGGCGAGUACUACAAUGUGGAUUCCGGUACUUCCUGGAACAUGUGGCCCUCCAACCUUCUCGAGGCCGUGGCCGAUGCCCUUGGAUACUCUGAAGUCCAGGACGACCUCUACAUCAUCGACUGCAACCAGCCUACCGACAAGAACCUCACCUUCAGCUUUGGCCAGAACGAAAUCUCCAUUCCGUACAACGACCUUGUUAUCAGUGUUGGCACCCAGGACAGCCCACAGUGUGCUCUUGGUGCUCAGCAGGCCAAGUCUGAGGGUCCUUUUGUGCUUGGUGAUGUGUUUAUGAGAAGUGCCUACGUCUACUAUGACCUUUCCGGACGUACCAUUUCCAUUGCACAGGCCAAGUACACCAGCGACAGCAACCAGCAAUUGAUGGCAGUGGAAGACCUCGGCGACAAAGUGCGCAUUGUGCACCCCAAAAACCCAGACACCAAUGUCACCAUCCUCAAAUUUGGUGCCACGGUGAUCUCGUGGAAGGAGAAAGGACAGGAGCAACUCUGGCUUUCUGAAGGAGCCAAGUUGGAUGGACUGAAGGCUGUGAGAGGCGGAAUUCCGCUUGUUUUUCCCGUUUUCGGCAAGGGCACCAACGAAUCCGUGGUGAAGUUGCCUCAGCACGGUUUUGCUAGAAACUCCACCUGGGAGUUUUUGGGCCAGACCACCGAGGAACCCGUGGCGGUUCAAUUCGGUCUUGGAAAAGAAAACGUCGAUAAGGACACGUUUAGUCUUUGGGACGAGGGCAAAAACGACUUUACGUUGAUUUUGACCGUCACGUUGGCCGAAGAUUCCUUGACCACGGGCAUUGAGGUGGAAAACACCGGCACUAACACCUUUGACUUCAAUUGGUUGUUCCACACCUACUACAAGGUGGACGACGUCACGGACACGUUGGCCACGAACUUGAUGGACCUGCGCUGCUUUGACCAGCUUUUGGGCGAGCAUUAUGUCGAAAAGCUGCCCAUGCUCAGUUUCCAGGAGGAGUUUGACAGAAUCUACAAGGACGUAGACAUGCACAAGGUGAUCCAGUUGGUGGACCGUGGCAACGUGUUGUUGACGUUGGAGAGACACAAUUUGCCCGACGCGGUUGUGUGGAACCCGUGGAUCAAGAAGUCCGAGGGUAUGGCGGACUUUUUGCCCAAGGACGGGUACUUGAAGAUGUUGUGUGUGGAGCCGGGCCACGUUGGUCUGGCGGUGAAGUUGGCCAAGGGCGAGAAGUGGUCUGCUGCUCAGAAGAUGAUUCCGCUGGGCGAGAUCAAGGUCCAGACCAACAUCUACGAGGCCUAG